AUUCAUUUAGCAUCACAUUCUCUAAUCCUAAUUCAUAACCCGUUUUCACUUAACAAAAUUUUCCAUUUACUUUAGAUGCUAAGAUGUAUUCAAAAGUUUUGUCAUCGAUUAUCUUCCUCCUAUGCCUCAACAUGGUGUUUUUCACUAUGGUGAGUUCCCAAAAUAUCUCACCCCCACAAGUCGAGCAUCAUAACCAAGAUCGUGGCCACAAAGGUGGAAAGUCACCGACCCCUAAGGCGUCACCACCUAGAAAGUCACCGACUCCUAAGGCGCCACCACCAGGAAAGUCGCCGACUCUAAAGCCGUCACCACCUAGAAAGUCACCACCUACAAAGUACCCUACUCCCCCUGUAAAGCCACCAACCCCAGUAAAGUCACCUCCAAUGGCGUCACCCCCAGUCAGGCCACCACCACCAGUGUCGUCGCCUCCAAUGGCGUCACCCCCAAUCAGUCCACCAACACCAGUGCCAUCGCCUCCUAUGAAUUCUCCCCCCGUCACGCCAACAACCCCAGUGUCAUCACCACCAAUGGCGUCGCCACCUGUGAGGCCACCGUCGCCAGUGCCAUCCCCUCCAAUGGCGUCGCCUCCAGUAAGACCCCCAACGCCAAUGACAUCCCCUCCAAGGGCCUCGCCUCCAGUAAGACCCCCAACGCCAGUGUCAUCCCCUCCAAUGGUGUCCCCCCCUGUGAGGACACCAACCCCAAUGUCAUCGCCGCCAAUGGCGUCACCCCCUGUGAGGCCACCAACCCCAGUGGCAUCGCCUCCAAUGAUAUCAACCCCAGUAAUGCCACCAACCCCAGUCCAAUCUCCUCCAAUGACAUCACCCCCCGUCACGCCAGUGUCAUCCCCUCCAGUGAUAUUGCCCCCAAUCAGGCCACCAACAUCCCCGCCAAUGGCGUCGCCUCCUGUGAGGCCACCAGUCCCAAUAUCAUCUCCUCCAACAGCUUCUCCCCCUGUGAGACCACCACCGCCAGUUUCAUCCCCGCCAGUGAACCCACCAACCCCAAUGUCAUCCCCGCCAGUGAACCCACCAACCCCAAUGCCAUCUCCGCCAAUGGGGUCACCUCCUGUGAGGCCGCCAACCCCAAUGUCAUCGCCUCCUAUGACUUCACCUCCAAUAAGGCCACCAACGUCAGUUUCAUCCCCGUCAGUGAACCCACCAACCCCAAUGUCAUCCCCUCCAGUGAACCCACUAACCCCAGUGUCAUCUCAGCCAAUGGGGUCACCUCCUGUGAGACCGCCAACCCCAAUGUCAUCGCCUCCUAUGACUUCACCUCCAAUAAGGCCACCAACGCCAGUUUCAUCCCCGCCAGUGAACCCACCAACCCCAAUGUCAUCCCCGCCAGUGAACCCACCAACCCCAGUGUCAUCUCCGCCAAUGGGUUCACCUCCUGUGAGGCCGCCAACCCCAAUGUCUUCGCCUCCUAUGACUUCACCUCCAAUAAGGCCACCAACGCCAGAGUCAUCGCCUCCAAUGGUAUCUCCCCCUAUUACGCCAUCAACCCCAAUGCCAUCGCCGCCAACACUGUCACCCCCUGUAAGGCCACCGACGCCAGUGUCAUCCCCUCCAAUAUCAUCUCCUCCAGUAAGGCCACCGAUGCCAAUGUCAUCACCUCCAAUGGCGUCGCCUCCAAUAAGACCACCAACGCCAGUGCCAUCUCCUCCAAUGGCGUCCCCCCCUGUGAGGCCACCAACAUCCCCGCCAAUGGCAUCCCCUCCUGUGAGGCCACCAACAUCCCCGCCAAUGGCAUCCCCUCCUGUGAGGCCGCCAACCCCAGUGUCAUCACCUCCAAUGACUUCACCCCCAAUAAGGCCACCAACGCCAGUGUCACCGCCUCAAAUGGUAUCGCCCCCUGUUAGGCCACCUACCCCAUUGCCAUCGCCGCCAACAUCAUCACCCCCUGUGAGGCCACCGACGCCACCGACGCCAGUGUCAUCCCCUCCAAUAGCGUCGCCUCCAGCAAGGCCACCAACGCCAGUGUCAUCACCUCCUGUGGCGUCGCCUCCAAUAAGACCACCAACGCCAGUGUCAUCCCCUCCUAUGUCGUCGCCCCCUGUGAGGCCACCAACCCCAGUACCAUCCCCCCCUAUCAGGCCGCCGACCCCAGUGCCAUCCCCACCAAUAAUGUCUCCGCCUAUCAAGCCACCAACACCAGCAUCAUCUCCGCCAAUGUUAUCUCCGCCUGUCACGCCACCAACUCCAAUUCCAUCACCGCCAACGGCGUCUCCGCCUGUCACGCCACCAACACCAAUGCCAUCACCGCCAACGGCGUCUCCGCCUAUCAAGCCACCAACGCCCGUGUCACCACCACCUAUUAAGCCACCAACGACGGUACCACCACCACCUAGUAAGUGUCCAAUAGAUGUGUUACAAUUAAAGGUGUGUGGCAAUGUAUUAAGUAACUUGCUUGGACCCUUGCUUGGCUCCCGACAAAAGAACCAAUGUUGCUCUAUCAUUAACGGGUUGGCUAAUCUCGAUGUUGAAGUAUGUCUCUGCACCGCCGUCAAAACUAAUAUUUUGGGAAUUAACCUUAAUAUCCCAAUCUCCUUGAAUUUGUUACUCACCACCUGCGGCAAAAGGGUACCCGCCUUCCGGUGUUCUUAGUCGUGAGUUCUUAGUUGGAUUGUGAUGGGUGUCAUCACAAGUAUUAUUUCCAAAUUCCUGCUUCUAAGUAGCCCAAUAAAGUUUAAUACAUAAUUCUAUAUGUAAUUCUAUGUUAUGUAUUGUUUUGUUUUUGUUGGAGAUUAAGGCCAGGCCUAAUAUUGUAGUAACGUUUUACAUUAAAGUAGAAAAACAUACAUGGUUUUUCUGGAAUAAAACAUUAAUAUGUUUAUUGAAGUCACUGCAAUUAAAUGCGUGAUUGGA